AACAUCUAGUGUUUGCAGUAUGGAGAUAUUUCAAUCUUUUUGGGAUCGUUUUACGGUGUACGAAAGUGAAACCGACAAUUUCCGCUACAUCGAUUUGAUGCAUCUGCUUUUCGGUAGGAUAACAGUUUGUUAAACAUAGUAUUGGUAUAAAUCUUAAACUUUUUAUUUGAUUAGAUCCAGGUGUACCCGAGUCGAAAAAUCAAACCAUUCGCGUAACUUGGGCGGUUUUGAAAAGUUUAAUCGUUACGCAGUACUUUUUCCUCAUGUACCAGCUGUUGAGAAUUUGUUUCCUCCUACCAAUCGACAUCGAUGCCUUCAUGGCGGUGUUCAACAUGGGAUUCAUAUGGACCGUGGCACUUUCGAGAGGGAUUUGCUUCGCCAUCUAUCGACGCGAGUUGAACCAGUUGAAGAAGUACGUAAAUGCAAGAAGUUGCCAACGCGAUAAUCCUGUGGCAAACGAGUGUCGGAAGAACACCUACAGGCAGAACCUUAAGCUGGCGACAAUCUUUCAACUUUACACUGUAAUCAAUGUGAGCAUUUGGUGCUUUACCGAGUUUCGUACGAACGACAACUUUGAUAUACCACUACCGAUGCAUCUGCUUAACGAUAAGCUUAGACUUUCAAUUGAGUUCUUUUACAUGUGCGUUUGCACAACUUGGAGCAUCACCUGUUGGAUCAACUUUUUGCAGUUUGGAAUGAUUUUGAACUGUCUGCGUACGGAGCUAAAAAUCGUAGUUAUGCAGUUCGAGGAAUUGUUUCCUAAAAUAAGAAAUAAACUUGAGAUUGAUGAUUUACGGAACUUGGAACCGAUCAAAAGACGUCGUUUCUGGAUAGAAUUGGAUGAUGCCUUCAUUAAUGCAUUGGCAGAUCACGCAAUGUUCUUAAAGUAUGAACAAAUCUUAAAUUGCAAAUUUCAAAGCCACUCAAUAUCUCAAAAUUCCAGACACCACAAACAACUGAAGGCAGCAUCCAGCACCAACUUCCUCAUCGUAUUUUCAUCAGCAAUGGUCCUCAUCUCGAUGAACAUGUUUCUGUUCAUAAUCGACCCUUCCGUGAAACGAAUCCCCCUUCUGGUAGUCUCGUGCCAAUUUGCAUUCGAAGUGUUCAUCUGCUGCUAUCUGUUCGACUCGCUGGAACAAGAGGUACUCGUGCAUACUUUGAUUAAAUUCCAACUGAUUAAAACCCCAUCCAAUUAAAGAACAACCACAUCAAACACCACGUGUACGCCAUCGAUUGGAUGACCAGAAGGGACAACGUCCUGCAACACAGACGGUUCCGGUCGAUACGCCAAAAUGCACUGUUUUUGCAGCUGCAAACCAACGCGGGCCUCAAAAUCCGGG